GAACUUUUACCCACAAUUCCUAGCGUGUUCAAAAUGGACGAACUGACGGUAGAGGUUCGCGGCUCCAAUGGAGCUUAUUAUAAGGGCUUCGUCAAAGAUGUUCAUGAGGACUCGCUCUCUGUCUCAUUUGAAAACAAUUGGCAGCCGGAGAGACAGGUCCCGUUCAAUGAUGUGCGCUUGCCUCCUCCUGCUGACGUGAAGAAGGAGAUCGGCGAGGGAGACGAGGUGGAGAUCUACUCGAGGGCGAAUGAGCAGGAACCGUGUGGCUGGUGGCUCGCCAAAGUGAGCAUGAUGAAGGGAGACUUCUACGUGAUCGAGUACGCUGCCUGUGAUGCCACAUACAACGAGAUCGUCACGUUCGAGCGUCUACGGCCGGUGAACCUCAACAAAGCCGUGACAAGAAACACCUUCUAUAAGUGCACUGUUCCUGUUCCUGAUGAUCUGAAGGCUGCCUGUGAGAACGAGCUCGCGCAUAAGGACUUUAAGAAGGCUGUAGGAGCGAGCAGGAUUGUUUACAAACCUGAAACCUGUGAUCUGCUUGUCCUGUCUGUAAACGAGGUGACGGUGAAGAGAGUUUCUCUCCUGAGCGACAUGCACUUGAGGAGCAUCCGCACUAAACUCAUGCUCGUGUACAGGAACGAAGAAGCCACAAAGCACUUAGAGAGCACAAAGCAGCUAGCGUCAGCGUUCCAGGAGGAGUUCACGGUGCGAGAGGAUCUCGUGGGUCUCGCUAUCGGCAGCCACGGCACAAACAUCCAACAGGCCCGGAAAAUUCCUGGAGUGACCGCCAUCGAGCUGGACGAGGAGAGCGGCACGUUUAGGAUUUACGGAGAGACAGCCGAAGCCGUCCAGAAAGCAAGGAGCUACCUGGAGUUCCUGGAAGAAUCGGUUCAAAUUCCCAGAAAUCUAGUUGGCAAGGUGAUUGGUAAAAAUGGCAAAGUCAUUCAGGAGAUUGUGGAUAAAUCUGGUGUGGUAAGAGUACGGAUUGAAGGAGACAACGACAACAACCUUCCCAGGCAAGAGGGAAUGGUUCCUUUCACGUUUGUUGGCACAAAGGAGAACAUUGGAAAUGUUCAAGUCCUUCUGGAAUACCACAUCGCUUACCUGAACGAGGUAGAGCAGUUGAGGUUGGAGCGGCUGCAGAUUGAUGAGCAGCUACGUCAGAUCGGUUUGGGUUUCCGCCCCGUUCCGGCACGUUCUGCUGAGAAAGACAAAGAGAAGAGCCACGGGAUGAAUGAUGGCACCUCCGCAGUCUCGUUGCACUCGGGGCGCUCCUACACGGGCAGGGGACGUGCACGCAGGACCGUUAACCACAACUCAGCAUACGGAACGAACUCUGAGCACUCGUACACCUCGGAGACAGAUUCUGAGCGUAGAGAUGAGCUAAGUGAAUUCUCUGUAAGAGAAGACGAGGAUGAGCGCAGUGUCCAGGCCAGAGACAGCAGAAAGAGAGCGGCAGCGGUCAGAGGUCACGGUGGCUCAGGAGUCAGGGGUCGCGGGGCUGGAAGAUCAGGGAGCACCAUGAGCUCAGUUCUGAAGGAUCCAGACCGGAACCCGUACAGUAUUUUGGACACCUCUGAGUCGGAUCAGAUUGCUGAUGCAGAAGCGAGCGAGUGUGAACCGAGUUCUCGGAGCCGACGCUCGCGCCGCCGCCGUCCUAAAUCCGACGACAACACAUCACUCAGCGAGAACGGCCUCGAUGAGCCUGAACGUAGGCCUCUGCGGCAAAAUCGCAGCCGUCGCCGCCGCUUUCGGCCUCCAGAGGAGAGACAGCCAGUCACUGUGGCUGAUUACAUAUCACGUGCUGAAUCUCACAGCAGGCAGAGAACACCACGAGACCUGAAGAAGAAUAAAAAAGAUUUGGGUCAGGUGGACGUGAUAUCUGAGCACGGCGUCUCCGAACAACUGGCUAACGGCCCCGAAGCUGAUACUGAUGAGCAGAAAAAGGCACCACAUGCUUCCACGGAAACGACCCCAGGCAAGAAAACCGAUGUGGCCAAGCCAACCGUCGUUAACGGACUCUCCCAGACGUCCUGAUCUGUUCCGUUAUUCUUUCUCCAAACAGUCGUAACCUUUACAUUUUUACAAUAGUGCUUGUACGAGCUCGCCAAAGAUAGACACACACACACACACACACACACACGAACACAAACAAAAACACACACAUGGACUUCCAGAUUCUUCUCUCUGCUGCACUUUUCUGUUCCUUCAAUGUGGAUCAGGUACGAAGGGAGAACAAUAAAUAAAUAAAAGGAGCCCUAAAGUGCGAUGCAUUAUUAGCUUUUUUCUGUCCAUUUAUCUUGAACAUGAAGGCUGAACUUGUAUCUCUGUAAUGUUUUCUAUGAACGUUGUUGCUUCAGACCUGCCAACCUUUAUGAAGCUCUGUAUGAGUUAACCUGCAAUGAUUGACAGUUUUUUGAUCCUGUUGAUAUUUUAACUAACUAAACCCUAGAAGCCCUGUCCCUAGCAGCACCUCACAUUAGUAAUCGUUUGCCUCGAAUCGAUUUCCCUUUUGACGUGUCCUCACGAUAAAUGAAGGACGUUUUUAGUUUAUUAACAUGAAGUUAAUUCUUUCAGUGUGUGUUUCGACUUAGCUUAUAUCUGUUAACUAGAUUCAUUUGGGAUACUGUAGAUCGUUUGCUUGUCAAUAGUUAAAAACAGCACUUUUUUUUACCAAAAGAGAACAAAACAGUUCUACAAGGAAGAGUUAAAUCGAACAAAUAAAUUGAAAAGAAUUAGAAAGUGAUUCAAAAUGUUUUCUCUUGCGCCGUCAGCACUAAUGCGUUUGAACAGAGCAACCUAUUCCAUAGCCAUUGAAGCUGGAGUGUGUGUGUGUGUGUGUGUGUGUGUAUAUACAGGGUCCCAUGUUUUCUUACAGUAAUCAUCAGGUGCUGGGGGUAAAGCUGCUACUUGUCAGUUUUAGUUAUGAAGUAGACACUAGAAAAGUUUAUAUCCUUUUUUAAUUGAUUGCUGUACAUAACAUCUUUUUCCUACAAAAUAAUUCGUUCAUGUAAACUUUUCUAGUGUUUAAAUAAAACAGGAGAGUGUUUAGAACCUGUCUUCCCCCCAAGCUGCUGGUGGAUAAAUCCUGUUACAUACACAGUUUCUAGUCAAACCUAACAAUAUGUGAAAGGAUGAUAGUUCAAUAAUAUGCUGUGCUUUUACUGCGUUUAUUCCUCUUCAGGGCUGGCAGGUACUCAACUUCUGGCAAGUUCUCUGUGAUCUCAGUGUUCCUGAUUAUCAGGCGAGUUUUUCAAAAGUAUUCACGUCUUUUUACGUCCUUUUUUUUAUUUUUAUUUUUUGACCGACAAACCUCAGAAAUGUUGUCAUUUUGAGAUGACGAUAAUGGGACAGAAGAAAGUAUAAUGCAUGACCUUUCUGGGCUUCAUUACAGACAACAUGAAAUGAAAAACGUACACAAUCAGAUGUUGUGCCUUCAGAGAGUAGCGUCACUGGCUGGCUGUAGGCCAAAAUAAAACCAGAGAGGAGAAUUAGCUGCUUUUUCUUUUAAAUAUGCAACCACUUUGUAUUAGGCAUGUGCCGAUAUAUCGUGAUAUAACAUCCAGUACUGAGGUAACAAAUUUAGAAAUAGGAUGCCUACGCAGGGUGGACUGUCUAAUUUAGAAGACAAGCACAGAUCUCAUCUAAGACCUAGGAUUCUGUACAAUUCUUAAAGAAAUGUCUUAAUUUUGUUCAAUAGAAAAGACAGAACUGAUGCUAACUGAUAAUUUUGUGAAUAUAAAUAGAAAAUGAGGCAGUUCUCGUGAAAGGAAAGCGUCAUGUCGGCACAUGCCUGUUUCAUACAGUGAUUUAGGAAAUGCAGUCUAGGAAAAUAAAAAAAGGAUCUUUUUGCACUGAAUUGUAAUUUCUGUCCCUUUAGAAAAAGGUUAGCCUAGAAAACUGGUCUGUUGCUUUUAUCGGAAAACACUCCACGUGACUCGGAAAGCCGGUCUGACUUCAGCGAAAAGAGCCUCGCUUUGGUUUAUUUAUUAAAAUGUACAGUAUUUAAAUGAGAAACGCAGAAGGAAUUUUUCUUCUAACACUAAAUCGGCCACAUGAACAUUGCACGCAGGAGAUAAAUUGGACUACUGAGAGAUCAACUUCCAGAUUUUCUGUUCUGUAAACUGUCAGUCUUUUUUUUAAAUUAUCAUACUGGUUGUUUCAUGUGCAAUAUGUUUUGUAUGCACUUAGUUCUUAAAUAAAACUCUGAUCUUCCAAAUAAUCUUGUCCUU